AUGGCCUCGAAAUCUCCUGUCCCAUUAGAUAGCGAUGGCUUUCCGGUUGUCACAUCGCCGAUUACAGGAAACCGUCGGGGCUAUACCGAGAUAGUCCAUCCCUGGUGUGGGGGCACCACGUUACGGGAGGUUCUUCUUCAGGGUGGUUCCGCCCUUGAAGAUGCUAGAAAGCUGGCAAAGGAGACCCAGCUCGUCAAAAAGAUCCUGGAAGCAAGACGGAGGAGUGAGAUUCGAGCAGCCACGGAAACCAGUGAGCAACGCCAGGAGAGACUCAGGAGACAUGCGCUUGUCCAGAAUCCCCUAGCGGAUGAACAACGAGGGGAGGAUUCCGCGAAGCAAAGCGAAUACUAUAGGAAUAAGCCACGGGUUAAGCCAGUGACGGAAAAACAACGGCCGAGGAAACGCGAAACAGCUAGUGAUAGAAAGAGGCGAGAAACUGCAUCCUCGACCAAAGAACGAAAACGAAAGCAAAACGAAUAUAUGAGGAAGCGAUAUGCAGCCAAUCCAAAGACGGACGAGGAAUAUUAUCGAAAGAGGCUAGCAGCUAAGCCCCGGACAAAGGAACAACGACGGGAAGACAGCGCCCGGGCAAAGAAGAAGCGAGCAGCCAAAAUGCUGCUGCUCCAUGACUCAAUGGUUCCUGCCUUUCGAAGACAUCACGAUACGAACGCAAUGUCACCGAGCAUUGGCUCGUAG